AGUGUGGGUGAUUCUAUGUGUGUGUGUGUGUGAGAGGGAGAGAGUGUGGGUGAUUCUAUGUGUGUGUGUGUGUGAGGGAGAGAGAGAGAGUGUGUGUGUGUGUGUGUGUGAGAGAGAGUGAGUCCCUGAUGGAUUAGCUGUCAGUUCAGAGCGUAUCCCUGCUCUGGAUGCAGCGCAGUCACUCACCGUCCUGCAGCAGACCCUCGGUGUGCGACACACAGACACAGAGAGAGAGCGCGGUGCUGCCUCCCUCUGCACAGAGAUGCUGACAGCUCAGGAUGUGGCACCCCUAUACCAGACGGACUUUGUGAGGAACGCCCGGGCAGUAGCCGCUCUCUGGGCUGUCUGCACGCUGUGCCUGGCCUUGCUGGAGGUGGUGGUGCUGACUGAACCAGCCUGGGUGCAGGCCCCAGGCUCUGGCCUGGCCCCCUCAGGCUCCUUCGGCCUCUUCCAGCUGUGCCAGCAGACGGAAGGCCCACCCCGCUGCCAGGGCUCGCUGGCCGCCCUCUCCCCGGUGCCCUCCUUCCGGACCCCGGCCGGAUUCGUCGGCGCCGCCCUGGGGCUGGUCCUGGCCAGCAUCUGCUGUGGCUUGGGCCUUUACCGCUGCUGUAGCCCUGCCACCGUCUACAAGGUGUGCGCCUGGCUCCAGUUCUCAGCCGCCAGUUGCCAGGCCCUGGGAUGCGUGACUUUCCCGGACAGCUGGGAGGCGCCGGAGGUGCGGGCGCUCUGCGGGUCGCGGGCCGGGAGUUACGCGCUGGGCUCCUGCAGCGUCCACUGGGCCUUCGGCCUAGCGGUGCUCGGAGCCCUGGACGCCCUCGUCCUGUCCGCCCUGGCCUUCAUCCUCGCCAACCGGCAAGAGAGCCUCCUCCCGGAGACACGUGGGAGAAAGGUUGCUGACGGUGGGAU